CUGAAGGUGAUGCAGAUGAAGAUGGCUUCGGUCUCCAGCCUCACCGUGUUUCUGCUCUGCUGCUGCGCCGUCACCUCCCAAGGUUCUUCUGACGGUUGUCAUCUUUAUGCUGCAACAGGCACAGAUUUUACUGUGCCUCUGGAGGACCCACUGGACCCCCAGGGCAGAUUGGAAUGGAAAAUUGGCAAUAAAGUGGAGACUUUUAGAGAUAUAAAGAAAGUGACCUCAGAAAAAGAAAACUCCCUGACUAAGAAUGGAUCCUUCAUAAUUAAAGAUGUAAAGAAGGAACAAUCAAUGAUUUACACCUAUACGAUUUUUGAUAAAGAUUAUAAACAAAAGUUCACAAAGGCCAGACAUUUGUGUGUACUGGACCCUGUGUCCAAACCUACACUAAAGAUGGAGUGUAAGGAGCCAAAGGUCAUCUUUACAUGUGUUAUUGGUCAGCAACCUGAAGAUCGUCAGAUUCACUGGUUAAAGGAUGGAGAAAAAAUAGAAAAUACGAAAUUAACUCUGGAAAUAGACUCUUCAGAAUCAAAACUGAAAAAAUUCUCAUGCCAAGUUUUCAACAAAGUCAGUUCUAAAACCAGCGAAACUUUGACUCACAAUUGCAUCAAGCACG